AUGCUUCGAGAAGAUGAAGAUGAAGAAGGAAUUGUGAUGACUGAGGGGAAAAAACAUCCUCUGGCUGGAGAGAUGCUAUUUCUUUUGAACUCACUCGUCUCGCCCUCUCUUGGUAUACUGAAAGAGCUUAUUGGUUCUGGUGUGAAACAAUAG